GUUUCAGUGUGAGCGAUGCUACGUGCGCUAUGUGAAUCAACUGCUGACUUUGCCGCGUCCAAAGAUGUGUGUCGGCAGACGGACCCUCUCGGGCGUUUGAGCGACUCGCUUUUGUCGACAGAGCACGCCACCAGGGUCGCGCAUGAAGGCAAAAAAAUGGUGGCGAUAUGGAGGAGGACAUGGACGGAGGAGGAGGAUAAUCGGAACAUCUUCCCUCCUCUGAAAGGCCCUCUGAAAGGCCCUCUGAGGAAAGCAUUUGCUUCUUCACCCAGCGAGGUUUCACUUAAAGUUCCCAAAAAGCCACCGAGUCUAGAAUGCUACGAUCCUGUUCAAGUCACCCUAUUAGAGGAGCAGUGCAUUGUGGUCAAUGAAGAGGACAGAGUUUUGGGUGCAGCUAGCAAAAAGAACUGUCACCUCCUCGAAAACAUCAACAAAGGUCUCCUCCACAGGGCCUUCAGUGUGUUCCUUUUCAAUACCAACGGAGAGUUGCUCCUUCAGCAGCGGUCAGAUGCCAAGAUUACCUUUCCAGGCCUCUUCACAAAUACCUGCUGCAGCCAUCCCCUGUAUGUUCCCGAAGAACUCGAGGAAUCCCAUGCCUUAGGUGUCAAGGUUGCCGCACAAAGGAGGAUGUACACCGAAUUGGGCAUCGAGCCAGCACAGAUUUCCACGAAAGACAUCCACUAUCUUACCCGUAUCCUGUACAAAGCGCCGUCGGACUCUGACUGGGGGGAGAACGAGGUGGACUACAUUUUGUUGAUUCAGAAGGACGUUGAAGUCCAUCCAAAUGCCAAUGAAGUCAAGGCCAUCAAAUAUGUCUCCAAGGACAACAUUUUGCCGUUUAUAGCAUCCCUCGAGUCUCAAGGUGAAGUAAUAACACCAUGGUUCAAGCUAGUUAUCGAGAACUUCCUCUUCAAUUGGUGGGACAAUCUUCACGACUUGAAGAAGUUCGAGGACCAUCACCAGGUUCAUUUCCUGACACCGAAUAAGUGACGCCCUGCUUCCACGUAAAAUGAAAGCAGUACUUUUUGUUGUCUGUUGUGCAAACGGGUGUAUAGUAAUAUGUAACGAUUAGCUGAACCUAUAUUUGCCAGUAUAACAAUUGCGUGAAGUGAUUGUGAAAUGUAAUGACAAAUGACAUGCUGCACACAUUGUCCUGUGUGUAAGUGUGAUCUACAAAGGAGAUGACUCCACUAGAUUAUUCUAGGAACUGACAGUUCAUUGAUUGCUCAUUGACUUGUGUCACAGGUUACACCAGAACCAACAGACUUCAGUCUGUUCCUUUGGUUCUCGUACUUGUGUGACCUCUUACAUGCAAUUACUUGCAGUGUUUCGCGCCUAUUACAAAUAGUAGUCUGGUCAAAGGGUAAACUUGCUGUAUGCUAAUAAUGAUCACACCAUCUGAAACAUGACAACUUAUAAUGUCAACAGCUACAAGAAAACUAUAUUUCAUGGAUGAUAAAGGGUGUAAAUGUAGUAGCGGGAAAAUGUAAUGUCAAAAGUAUGUUUUUAUAAUGUUUAUAAUAAAUACCAUUCUCAUCAUUGUU